CACACACCCCGCAGGCCUCCAGCUCUCGUCAAGAUGGAGGCAGCGGAAGUGGAGCGACUCAGAGGCUAUAAACGGGAUGGGCGGGUCGAGAGAGACACUUCCGCCCCUCACCAACAUGGCCUAGGGCUGGGAGUGCGCAUGAGCAGCUGUCUAUGGAGCGACUUGGGGCCGGAGAGGGAGAACACGGUCGGGCAGAAAUCGGCGGCUGAGACGACCCGGACCGGGAGGCUGUUCCAUCCUACACUCACUGCAAACCCCGUGAUUUCUACCAGGACUUAGUAUUCAGGCCUGCGAAUCAGCACAUACGAAGACUCCCCAAAAGGACCGGUUCCUCGGAUGUGCCCCCUCACAGAGAGAUGAAGGGGCAGCAGAAAACAGCUGAAACGGAAGAGGGGACGGUACAGAUUCAGGAAGGUGCAGUAGCUACUGGGGAGGACCCAACCAGUGUGGCUAUCGCCAGCAUCCAGUCAGCUGCCACCUUCCCUGACCCCAACGUCAAGUACGUCUUCCGAACUGAGAAUGGGGGCCAGGUGAUGUACAGGGUGAUCCAGGUGUCUGAAGGGCAACUGGAUGGCCAGACUGAGGGUACCGGCGCCAUCAGUGGCUACCCUGCCACUCAAUCCAUGACCCAGGCCGUGAUCCAGGGUGCUUUCACCAGUGAUGAUGCAGUUGACACAGAGGGGACAGCUGCUGAGACGCACUAUACUUACUUCCCCAGCACUGCAGUGGGAGAUGGGGCAGGAGGUACCACAUCGGGGAGUACAGCUGCUGUUGUUACUACCCAGGGCUCAGAGGCACUACUGGGGCAGGCAACCCCUCCUGGCACUGGUCAGUUCUUUGUGAUGAUGUCGCCACAAGAAGUGUUGCAGGGAGGAAGCCAACGCUCCAUCGCGCCUAGGACCCAUCCUUACUCCCCGAAGUCGGAGGCCCCCCGGACGACUCGGGAUGAGAAACGCAGGGCUCAGCACAACGAAGUGGAGCGCCGCCGCCGAGACAAGAUCAACAACUGGAUUGUGCAGCUGUCCAAGAUCAUCCCAGACUGUUCUAUGGAGAGCACCAAGUCUGGCCAGAGUAAAGGUGGGAUUCUCUCCAAAGCCUGUGACUACAUCCAGGAGCUGCGGCAGAGUAACCACCGGUUAUCUGAAGAACUGCAGGGGCUUGACCAGCUGCAGCUGGACAAUGAUGUGCUUCGACAGCAGGUGGAAGACCUAAAAAACAAGAAUCUGCUGCUACGAGCUCAACUGCGGCACCACGGACUAGAGGUCGUCAUCAAGAAUGACAGCAACUAACUGGGGAGUCAGGGGCUUUGGGCCCAGGAACUACAGCUAGCCCAGGAGUACCAGGCUAAUCCCAUGCCCCUUUCCUUCACUGCCCAUUUCUGGCAUGGAACUGGGGGUGGGGGGAGUUCGGAAGGCGUGUCUUUGAACUGAGGCCCUGUGAUAUGGCAGACUGCAGUGGUGUGAAACACACAGUGUGGACGUGCCCUGACAGCCUCGCCUACCCCUACCAUGCAGCCCCUGGGUCCUCAUGCUCCUCUUGCACAAUGCAUGUGCUGUCCCCAUGCUGGAUCCUGGACACACUGAAUCGCGGGCCUUGCCCUGUGCUUGCCUAGAGUGCCCAGAAGGGGAUCUGCUGACGGGUGUGCUCUGGCUUGCCACAGGACUCCGGCACUUCCGUUGGGUCUUUCCCUGGGGUGGAGGUUCAGCCACACCUGGCUGGCUGGCAGCUCUGGGGAACAGGCUGAAAAGUAAGGAGGGGAAGAAGGAUGCUGAGCAGUGGCUGCUGUCCCACGGAAAACAGCCAGCGGGCAGUGAAGGCCUAUGCAGAAGUCUGGAGUCAGGGAGAAGAGCAGGCAGGGGCCCACUUGGGGCCUUCCCCUUUGGGGGUUGGUUUUCUUCCUUUUUUUUUUUUUUUCUUUUUUUCUUUUUUUCUUUUUUUUUUUUUUUUUAAGAUAAAAUUGUUCAGAGCCA